UUCCUAAAACGACCUCAUUUUCCCCCAAGCGCAUACUGAUCCAUUGUGACCACCCGACACCUAUUUCUAGUUUUUUUCCCCGACUAGAUAACUGGAAGAAUCGAAGGCAUCAUCAGCAUGACUUUUCCCCCCGCAGAUGAGAGCGGCAGUGCGGCUGCACGAGAGCUCGCUGCAACUCGUAGUGCGAAGGCCACUGCAACUAGCACCAGUGGCACUUCCACGACCUACCUCCGCAGCUUUCCGGCGGACAUGAAACAAAAUGGAAUUCUGAUCACGGAGGGCAAUUUUGAAGAAUUGAAGCGCCUCCUUGAACGGAAAGAAUUGUCGAAAUUCAGCGAUUUAUUGGACAUCGCCGAACCGGAAUUGCCGGAGUUCGACUACAGCGAGUUCAGAACCGCAGCUGGGCUGAAACUGAACAAGAGCGGUCAACCAGCAACUUCCACGACUACAGCAGUGCCUGGGGCGAAGGGCAGUUUUGGAGGCAGCAAGCGUCCAAGCCCAUCACCUGCUUCAUCAGACGAUAAAGGUCUUGUCCCGGAUGAAGCGGGGGCUUCGACUGGAAAAAGCUCGGGCGACAAGAAUGCUGCAGGUAGUGCGGAUAGUAUAACUAGAUGCGACCCCACUUCUACGAACCAACAUGAGGACACCACCACAACUGGGCCAGCCUCAAAAAAGCGGAAAACGGACGAUGCAGGUGAGCAAAACUCGUCGCAACUGUCUUCAGAUGAAUCCACUGCGCUCAUCAAAACUACCGCCCAGGCUGCACCAAAAUUUCACUGCGUCAGGAGCAACCAGUUUGUGUUUGACUGCGGCCCUGUGCAGCGGGCUGCGGAUUUGCUGCGGAAGUACGAGAAAAAGCAAAAACUGUACCAGGCCGGUGGAGGCAAAACUGCGACAGGUGUCUCACAACUUUCCGACUUCGCCGAAGUCGCGCGGUUGAGAGAAGAAACUUCUCAGUCUAUUGACACCAUCCGAAAGAUGGAUUUCUACCCGGAGAAGCGCAACGUCGUGCAACGCCCUGCUGCGGUCGGGAAGUUCAAUGCUGCCAUGUAUGAGGCCCGUGAUGACUUGACGAAGAUUGGCCAGGAAAUGCUAUUGAAGGUCGUUGCUUUGCACAAAAAGCAUCUCACCACGACGCCGCUGUAUCAAAUGUAAAAAUGUCUGGGUCUGGAAGAAUGCAACUUGUGAUGCUGCAUUUGGAUUCCAAAAAGAUCUGUAUUGCAUGAGUACCAAAGGGAAUGCAAUUUUUGCUACGCUGAGAAGGCAUUUGUCAUGCGGAAUAGGCAUCAAGAAGCCCUCAAGGAAUCUGUAUUGCUAGGGUAUGCAUCACAGACAUCAUGGCUCAUGCAAAACGUGCAUGACAAGUGUCAGAAUCUUCCAGACCCAGACACUUUUACACUUGAUACGCUGUCCCGCCUGCCCAAACUUUCCGUCGAGGUCGCUACGCUAGGCGGGGACUCUAUGGAACUGUCAGGUUUGAAAUCGUCAAAGUUGAAAUAGUUUGUCAUGCAUAAAAUGCAACGCAGAAAGUGUCUGUCUUGCAGGGUAGGCAAGGGGGGCAGAUUGUGAGCCUGUUUCGGGGUAGAAAUAGAGCUGCUAAAGUAGCAUGAAAAAAGCGUCUUCCUAUACCCAAACAGCAUGACAGACUGGAUUUCGGCUCUACCCAAAUUUGUCAUGCGCCACUUGGCAACUGGAUUGCAACUUUCAUCCAUUUUCUGCAUUACAAGUUAUUUCAACUUUGUCGAUUUCAAUCCUGACACAUCCAUAGACUCCUGUCUGCACAUUGCGCAGGUGGCCCCGCACGAAAGUGCGGAGUUCUGGCAUCUACACGGUCAUGAUGUUCCGAGCGCGUCGGAAGGUGUACAAGUCGGGAAGAAGAAACACACGAACGGCUUUUGCACAAUUCCGGUUGCGGAGUACGUAGAAGAGGAUCCACUUCACGUCAGGCGCGGUGAGCGUGCCGAUUCGCAGGGCUACUACCUCGCGGAUGGCCGCUACGUGAAAAACAUUCGCGAAAAAAAUCGGCUCACGCUAGAUGUUAUGAACUGCAAAAAUGUCUGGGUCUGGAAGAAUUCAUGUUUGUCAUGCUUGUCUGACAUAACUCUUAAAUCUGUCAUGCGCGUUACCCAAGAGCUCCGUUUUUCUGUGAUGCAGAAGCGCAGUUUGUCAUGCAGAAUAGGCAACACCGAGAAGCUCAGAAACUUGUCAUGCUGAGCCAGCAUUUGUAGCCUCAUCAUGAGACGCCACCCAGCAUCACAAGUUUCCAGACUCAGACACUUUUACAUUUGAUAGACGUGGAGCUGCAGCACAGCAUGCGGCUGCAUUUGGAGAAUAUCAAAUGUAAAAAUGUCUGGGUGUGGAAACUUGUGAUGCUGAAUUGCGCAUGAUUGAAGCGCUUCCAAUGGCAGCCAAGCAUGACAAGUUUUUGAGAGGCCUGCUGAUGCCUAGCACGCAUUGCAAAUUGCGUUUUUGCAUGACAAAGAAAGCCUCUGUUUUGCUGCUCAUGCAACACAGAUUGUCCAGGAAUGCAUGACACGCAUUACAAGUUCCACUUUUCCAGACCCAGACAUUUUUACAUUUGAUAGAGAAGAAAGUCAAGCAACUUUUUGAAGCGUUGCUGGCGGGCGGCGGGGGGUCUAGUACAAACAGCUACUUUAUUUCAUCCGCGAACAACAACUUCGUGCUCACUAACAACGCCAACGCGCUUAGUUCAAGCUCAGCAGCAGCAGGAAGUACUGACUCCAGCCACCAGCGGCCGUUUGUUUCUAAAUUUUCGGACGAGUUUCCGGUCCCGAAUGGGAUCUCCACUCCCCGGGACGACGUGCCCUACGGCGCGGCCAGGGGAAUUGUUAACUACAGCGCAUGUGCAUACUUGGACAACGUGGACACCAGCUGGGACAUCCCGCGUCAAACAGUCAACAACUUCAUCGACGAUCUACUCACCUCCCUCGAGGAGGAGGAAGAGAAGGCCUUCCGGAAAACCGAGCGGCACCGCGAUGAGGCCACCAUGCCACUUGUGGACCAGGAAAGAAACCAUCGCGAGCGCUUUCGCGCGCAGGAACAGCGGCGGGCCGAGAUGCGGAAGCACGUGGAGUAUCAAAUGCAAAAGUGUCUGGGUCUGGAACAAAGCAACUUGUCAUGCUAAACCUGACUCAUGUAAAAAUUUGUGUUGCAUGAUCGCCAGAAGCUGUCCACUUUUGACCUAAUCGAGAGCCAGUUUCUCAUGCAGGAUAGGCAUGAUAGAACUCUCACAGAAUCUGUCAUGCUCUGUCCUACAUACCAGACCUCAUGGGUCAUGGAAAACCUGCAGGACAAGUCUGGCAUUCUUCCAGACCCAGACAUUUUUGCAGUUGAUAUGAAGGCCCGGCGCCAGGACAUCCGGAGCCGGGGCGGCGGCUUUGUCGUUGGGUCGCUGCUGACUGCGGGCUUGCUGCAGCUGGGGUUGGUCAGCGACGAGAAAAUUGCCGCCAUGAUGGUGCCCAUCCAGACAGAGUCCUCGGAGCCGCCUGUUUAUGACGAAGUGCGCGGCGUCUGGUCCUUCCCCACGAGGGAUCAUGCUUACGGUUCGUCACAAGUUCCGGCCAACGAAGCUGCCCGUUCCUGUCCGCUGAUGGCCGUGAAGAAAGGUUCGAAGCAAGCGAGAAAACGCCUCGUGGAACCGGAUUUGAAGCAACUGCAGACUGGGGAUCUUUUCAAGCUCGGCCGGUUGCGAGGCGCGUUCGGCUGGCGGUCGGUUCCGUACGGCGCGGACCGGGCUUUGUUGCUGCAUUUGACCGCAGUUGAUCACGUGCCCGGGUCCCUGGCGGAGGCGGCAGCGCCAACAGGAGUCACUUCGGACGCCAAUGUUGACUCUUCGGGCUCUGAUGUGGCUGGGAAGGUGGAACAAGUGCCGGAAAAAGCGAACACACGCAGCAAAGUAGAAGAACUUUUGCACAGAAGAAGAAGGCUGCAGUCCUACAGAGCCGGUCACGCAAGUGAGGGACAGAAACAGGGACUGCGCGUGUACGUGUGUGUCGCGGCUGCCGGAAUAAAGAGUGACGCUUCAUCUGCGAGUGGCACUGCUGGUGCGCCGUCUAGUGUGAUAUCGUCGACACCGAACAAAAGUGUCAGCGAAAGCAAAAUUGUCGGGUAUGUGCUGAUUCCCAAGGAUGCGUUCCCUACCCACGGAUCCAGUUACUACGACCCCUACGACGAUUAUGGGUAUCGGUACGGCCGCUCCACGAACCGGGGUUCUCUGCAGUACACCGAACUCGCCGACAACCAGGUCUUGUUUCCGGACAGCUGCGUAGGCAUGUUUAUCGCCGCGGACUACGAAGAAAAAUCCGGGUUAGAGCUGUUAACCAUGCGGGAAGAGAAGCUGCAGGACGCGCGGGAAGCUGGGUCGCUGGGAGCAGAGCACGCCCGUGGAAACCCCAUGGCAGCCUUGGCACUGACAGAGUAGUUUGGAUUGAUUUAUCGUAGUUUAUUUUUCGCUAUUAAUUGCGUAGGGUGAAGCGUCUCUCGAGUUGAGCACCAUUUUUACUCAAGAUCGAAAUUUAGACUACUUAUUGCGACUUAUUCCGCAUUGCUUUCUUUUACACCUCAGGUUUGCGAAGCUUCUCGAAAGGCGGAAAGAGCUCGCCAUUCGUAAAAUCGACUGGUUUCGUCUCACCUACCCGGGAAUGUUUUCGAACGAGAGCGCGUGGCAGCUGCUCCGCACGGUUUUGAACGGCUGCCGGUUUGGUGUGCACGCCCUGGGGCGUGAGAGCGUGUUGAAGAAGCUCGCCGCGACCUUCGAUGCCGGAGGCAGGCUCGAGAACCAGCUGAAGCGAUUUUGUGAGGACAUGAAGGCCUUCUUCGUGGGGUUAAAGCAACUCUCCCCGCACCACACCAGUAUGAAGCAGACCCGACUGGAGCGGUUGGCCCAGUAUCCGCGGAAGGUGAAGGAAGCAUUUCUCACCGAGAAACUGGGUGGAAACGGCAUACAGUCGGUCGGAAAUGACGAAGCGACCCUUGACGAAAUAGUCUACUCCUUCCUCGACCGCGAACACGCUGCGGAGCACCGCGCGGCCGUCGAGCGAGAGAAGGCCGGCGAGGAGCGCGGACACGCCCGUCGGAACGCGGUGACGCACAUGAGCGAUCCUGCUUUGGAUGCUCUGCGUCCCGACUUCAUUUUUUCUGAGUACCACGACGGGAGUCGGCCGGGGUACGUGUUUAAGCGCGGGGAGAGAGGUAUCGGGUACUACAGAGAUGACUACUGGCCCCGGGGAAUCAGCGUGCCGGGCGCGCCGAUAGGAUCGUUGGCGGCGAUUGCAAGCAACCCCUGGAUGCGGAUCCAGGUAAUUACUCCAGAAGAGUUCCAAACGGCGUCUGGGAGCCCGGGGACAGCAGGAGCUGCUGCUUCAUCUGGCGACGUGCUUGACUCCAAAGGGCGCAGUAAAAUCAAUUCGGGAGAGGAAAAACAAAAAAGCGAAGCUUCAUCGUCGUCAAACGAGAAACAAAAAUCCGCCGCAAGUACUAGCAGAAAACAAGAAGGAGGAGCAAACCCUAGUACAUCCUCGAAAGACGACACAGCAGCGACCCAGUCCAGCAAAAAAAAUCUUGCCGUGUCAGAAAAUACCAAAAGCAAAUCGAAAGUCCCCGCCGGUAUGAAAGACCAGCCCCUCUCUCUCCCGUCCGACACCACCAGGACCCGGGUCAUCCAGAAGGUCUCCAAUAAGUGGCGGUUUGCGCCGGCCGAGGUGGUCCCGGACUUGCAGACCGACUUGCGGGCGUACGACAACUUCUUCGACUACGCUGACCAGCUCGAGAAGGCGCUGAACAAGCCACGAGCUUUGGACGAGGAGGAGGAGGACGAUGAUUACAAUGACGAGGAGUUUUCAGCGGAAAAGGAGGGCGAUAAUUUUGUUGGGGAAGAUGAUAGUAACCCUCCUGCGACAGAAAAAGUGGAGCACAAGGUGACGAAGCUGCAGUUUGUACUAACGAUUGUGGAUCCGCUGGCCACAGCUGCAAGCGGUGAGGAGGAGCGGAAUCGCUUGCUGCGAAGGCAGCAUAUCAAAAGCAAACUUGAAAAAUCGGUGUGGGUGGAGUCGAGAGAGAUAGAGAAAGACCUCUCUCAUGAUGCAUGCCUGUUCUGUCAUCUCCACUGCGUCGUGAUCGCGGAACACAUAAUGCUUGCAGCGUGUUGCGUGAAAGAAAGAGUCCCAGCUCCCUUGGUGCUGGCGCUUUGCUGAUGUUAGCACUGAGCCUUUUCUUGUCCAGCGGUGUACGUUGUAUGUGGCUUGCAAUAUUCGUAUGUGCAUUUCCCCAAGAACUAGAUGACCGACAGGUUUGCAGACUGCAUAAAAAAACAGCGUGACCUGGCAAGAGUGCUUCACAGCGACGAGGCCAGUAUGAACAGUGAAGAUGAUGAGGAGUUCCUUUCCGGGGGGGCGUACUCCAGCGACGGAUUUGUGUCGGACGAAUUUGCGGAUCCGGACCCUUACGCCACGUUUGGACUUUCUUGAGCAGACGGUGCAGAGGAACUUGUUGCUUUAGGUAGGAGAAUUGUUACUACAUGCAUAGCAGCUUAUUUCUCCUUCUCUUUUGUAGGUGAUAUCCUGUUCGAGAUUCAUAUCUGGAGGGCUGGCGCCACGCUACAGAGAGUGGGCGGCCUUCCAUUUCGCGAGGAAACAGUCACAAGAACAAUCAUACAUCGAUCUAUAUUGCCAUAGCCAUAAAGAAAGUGCAAAUGUUUUGGGUUUGCUAAAGAAA